AUGCCUUCUCUCCACACUAUGCUUGAACCUGUGCAAAGCAACGGCCACACGGCCUCUUUACCUGAUACACAAACCGACGACAAUAAACUUCAGCAAUCGCAACAACUCCCAAUGCAGCGUACUCCUUCUGCCAUGUCCGUUGACAGCCUUGACUCUGAUCCAACAGCAGGCAUGAAGCGUUCAAGUGAUGCUAUGGAUCAAGAUACCGAAUCAGAAGAGAAGCGUAAACGACGGACCGGAUCACCAGCAGGCACGUUGCCCACCAUCAAUGAAGCGCAUCGCCGAAAGAGAAGUAGUCGAUCUUCAGCACAACCAAGGUGGCACAACCAAGCAUACAUGUUGUUCCUCGCUCUGCGUGAGAGUCCCAAUCGAUCAUUGCCAAGGAAACAACUCAUUGAUGGCGCAUUGGAAAUGGAUAAGCGUAUCAGCAAAGAUCGAGGUUUGCCCAAGGUGUUCAAAGGCAAGACGCCUGCGAAUUCUGCAUCUGCUAGCUUGACAACCAACACCGAUCGGCUCUUUAUCCCAUUCAAACCAGAAGGAAGUCGCUCCACCCAUUUCAAGCUUGCCUAUGAACCAGGGAAUUUUCAAGGUGCUGUGGAAGAGUAUCGAAAGUGGGAGAGGAAGCUCGUCGACCAUGAUUGGCCGUUUUGUUUUGGCGUUUUGAAAAAGAAGCCUGAGAACGAGGCACCAAAAGAGAAUCAGGAUGGGAUGAUCGCAUGUACAGCAACAACAACAAAUGCACCCGUGGAUGGAUUAUUGCAACAAUCAGCUACCACCAUUGACAAUGUCAAGGAUUCCAUGGAUACAGAUUCUCUUACUACAACAGCAACAACGACUGCAACAUCAAAUGACCCUGUACCAACAGCAGCAGCAGCAACAGCACCUGGAUCAUCAUUUACAUCAACAUCCCAAGAGAUUUCAAAUGGCCAAGACAAGCCAACUGAGCAGCCAGUGGUACCUGAAGUGAAGCUGGAGGAUUUGGAUUUAUCGAAUGUACCAAAAACAUGGAGGGAUAUUUUACGAGUGGGUGAUUCAACAAUCCCAAAUGCAGGCAAGGGACUGUUUGCCACACGAAAGCUGCCACACAACACACCCAUUGGAUUUUAUUUUGGUGUUCCUAUGACUGAAGACGAAUAUGAUUCACUCAAGGAUCGUGUGGGCCGUGCUUCUGAAUAUUCUAUCAUGUAUCGACGUACCGUAUUGGAUGCCACAGAUAGCCAAGGACAACCCUUUACUGAUCCAGACGGCGAAAUGUAUUGUCCUUUCCACUUUAUGAAUGAGAGCACGGAGAAGCAAUCCAACAUUUUGUUUAUUGAAGGAGCUGUGGUGAACCAAGUUAUUUGCUGGACCAAACGUGAUAUCGAGCCUGGCGAGGAGUUGUUUGUGUGGUAUGGAAGUGAUGUUGAACGUCAUUGGAAUGCCCCUACUACUACUACCUCUUCCUCCUCUUCCCCACGUAAAAAAGACAACCAUUCUCUUCCCUCCUCUACUAUGACUACUACCACCGCUACUAAUAACACCACCACCACUACCACACCUCCACCUUCAUCAUCUCCUUCCCCCACUGCAUAA